CACUCCUUGCCUUCUUCGUCGUGCUCGUGCUUCUGGAAUCUCUACUCUAUAAUCACAAAAUGGAGCUCAAUGUCUCUUCCAAGGCUUUAACCAACACCAAGCUCCCUUGCUUCGCCGCCACACCCACCACCAACACACUCUUAAACCCAUCAAAAUCGCUUACCUUAGCUUCUCACCAUCCGCUUCCCAGAGUUCCACUCUCUCUCUCGUCUACUGAUCCUCUCAAGCCAAGAAAGGUGACAGCAAUGGCCACGGGAAGCUCCAGAGACUUGGAGAUGUCGAACUUAACGGCGUUAUCACCUUUGGAUGGACGUUACUGGGGUAAAGUCAAGGACUUGGCUUCUUCUAUGAGCGAGUUCGGUUUGAUCUACUUCCGUGUACUCGUCGAGAUUAAAUGGCUUCUUAAGCUAUCAAGAAUUGCUGACGUCACCGAAGUCCCAAGCUUUAGCAAAGAAGCCGAGGCUUACUUGCAAGCGAUCAUCGAUGGGUUCAGCGUGGACGACGCGUUGGAAGUUAAGAAGAUCGAGAAAGUAACCAACCACGAUGUCAAGGCAGUGGAGUACUUCUUGAAACAAAAGUGUGAAUCUCAUCCAGAGAUUGCUAAGGUUCUUGAGUUUUUCCAUUUCGCUUGCACUUCCGAGGACAUCAACAACCUCUCCCACGGUUUGAUGCUUCGAGAAGCGCUUAGCUCCGUUAUACUCCCCUCCAUGGAUGAGCUCAUCAAGUCUAUCUCCCUCAUGGCUAAGGAAUUUGCACACGUCCCCAUGCUUUCAAGAACUCAUGGCCAGCCUGCUUCACCUACAACGUUAGGGAAGGAGAUGGCGAUUUUCGCGGUGAGGUUAAGCGAAGAAAGGAGAUAUCUUGCAGAAACUAAGAUUAAAGGGAAGUUUGCUGGUGCUGUUGGGAACUACAACGCUCAUGUUUCAGCGUAUCCUAAUAUCGACUGGCCUCAUGUUGCAGAUGAGUUUGUUACUUCUCUCGGUUUAACCUUUAACCCAUACGUUACUCAGAUUGAGCCUCAUGACUACAUGGCUAGACUAUUUAAUACAAUCAGCCAGUUCAACAACAUCUUGAUUGAUUUCGAUAGAGAUAUAUGGAGCUACAUAUCUCUAGGCUACUUUAAGCAGAUAACUAAAGCUGGAGAGAUCGGAUCAUCCACAAUGCCACACAAAGUGAAUCCUAUUGACUUUGAGAACAGCGAAGGGAAUCUAGGGAAAGCAAACGCAGAGCUUACUUUUCUCAGCAUGAAGCUUCCCGUUUCACGAAUGCAGCGUGACUUAACUGAUUCAACUGUGUUGAGAAACAUGGGUGGAGCUUUAGGACACUCUCUUCUUGCUUACAAGAGUGCCAUACAGGGAAUCAAGAAGCUUCAGGUUAAUGAAGCUCGGUUGAAAGAAGAUUUGGAUCAAACUUGGGAAGUCCUCGCUGAACCCAUACAAACUGUGAUGAGGAGAUAUGGUGUUCCAGAGCCGUAUGAGAAGCUGAAGGAGCUAACAAGAGGAAGAGCUGUGAAUGAAGAAAGCAUCAGAGAGUUUAUCAAAGGUUUGGAUUUGCCUGAAGAAGCUAAAUCUCAGCUUUUGAAGCUAACUCCACACACGUACGUUGGUGCUGCUGCUGCAUUGGCUUUGGCAGUCGAUGAAGCUCUGCACUUGUGACAUUGAUGAUGGUGAUAAGAUUGUGCCGUUGUAUUAUUAUUAUUUUCCAAAUGAAAUGAGAAUGACAAAAAAGUCAACUUAUGUAGAUCAAUGCCUUACACGUUGAGUGAUGGAGAUUCAUGAGAAUAAUCUUGUACUUUUGUGUUAUGUUUCCUCUUUCAGAUUUUGACAUCACCAAAUAAUCUUUGAAUUAUAUCA